GCGCUUUAGUUUGCUCUGAACUUUCAAGCCGAACGCACGCAGAGGAAUGCCGAAUAUCGCUGUAAUCGGGGCUGGCGUCAACGGUGUGGCCAGUGCCAUAAAGAUCUUGGAGCACUACCAGACGCAGGCUAAACCAGGCAUACCAGUACGCGUGACAAUUAUCUCGGAGCAGUUCUCACCGAACACCACAGGAGAUGGUUCGGCGGGCCUCUGGGGCCCCUAUCUGCUGGGCGGCACCGAACAAUCGAAAGUCUACAAGUGGUCGCAGAGUAUGCAUCGAUUUCUGGAGCAGCUCUGGCUAAGUGAGGAUGCCGGCGAGGCUGGUGUGUGUCUCAUUCCCUGCAUCCGUCUGAGCACUUCAACAGUGAAUAGCGUUGAGGAUUUCUGGCGCGACAUUGUCUAUGGGGCCUCGGACCUCACAGCUGAACAGCUGGCUGUCUACAAUGAAGGCAGAUCGGUGAAGUUUACUUCUGGUUUGUCCUUUGUCACAUACACCUCCGAGCCCGUCAAACUGCUGCCGUAUCUUAUGAAGCGUUUCGUACGCAACGGUGGCGCAGUGGUGCAGCAGAAGGUCACAGAUCUGGAGAGAUUUAUCACCGAAUCGCCCUACGAUGUGAUUGUCAACUGUUCGGGUCUGGGCUCACGCGCAUUGCUCAACGACGAUCAGAUGUAUGCGGUGCGCGGUCAAGUGUCCCGCGUGCAGGCCAACUGGCUGUUCGCGGCCGUGCUGGAUGAGAGCGAUGAUGGCAACUACAUAAUACCCAACACGGAGAGUGUCGUACUGGGCGGCACCCACCAGGAGCGGGACUACAACCUCAGUGUCUGCGAGAAGGACAAGCAGCUCAUUGUGGAUGGCUGUCGGCGGUAUGUGCCGGGCCUGUGCCACACCAAGCCACUGCUGGAUUGGGUUGGCCUUCGGCCGGGACGGGGCAAGCUCCGCCUGGAGGCCGAGCGUCGUGGCCAGAAGCUGCUCAUCCACAACUAUGGACACGGCGGCAGUGGUGUCACGCUGUGCUGGGGCUGUGCCGACGAUGUUCUGGCACUGCUGCUGGCUGCCGCCAACAAUAUUUCAAAGUUGUAAAAUCGCAAAAUAAAUGCUCUGCUGCCUGUCCCAAAAAC